UGGCAAAUUGUAAUUUUCAGGCCGGUGGAACUUUCUUUCAUUGUCAAUUUUUUAAUAAUUUUUCAUUUUAAAGUGACUAUAACUGGGCAAAAUAACUAAAAAUGAACGGAAUUGUGAGGUCAGCGCAUAGAGUCAUACAAAAUUGCGCUAAAAGCUCCAGCUUGUCGGCUGCGCUAUCCCGUACCCAGGCCCCAGUGAAGCGUGAUUUCACCAGAGGGAUAUGGCACAUGAGCUGUUCCAAGAGGCUGGACGGAGUCGCGGCGUCCUCCAAGCUUCUCCAUAACCAUUCCAACACGUGCAGCUGCGGGUGCGGACUCAAAGCGCUACACACAAAAGGUGAGAGGGAGCUGGUAGAGUUUCUGACAGAGGAGAUAGUAGCAGAGCGUAAGGCUCAGAAGGUGAAGACCCUGCCCGCUGAGGUGGACGGGUUCUCCGUAAAGGGAGAAGGUGCCGAGGUCGAGCUUUCCAAGAAACUUAAGGAUGAGAUCAUCAGAAUAACAUUCAACGUGAACCACACAGUAGACUCGGAUGAAUUCGAAGGUGAGGCUGCACCGGAGAAGCAGGAGUUUGCGGAGAUGCGUUCCAAGCCCCAAUUCGAAGUGGACCUGGUGCGCGGGGACUUGACACUAGGGUUCACCUGCUCCUUCCUCCAGGAGCCUCCACAGACCAACAACGAGGAAUACAAUGAUAUCUUCGGUAUUGAUGAGGUGACACUUUACAAGGGGGAAUGGAACGACAAAGUGUACGCCGUUGCCGGCGACGUGCUCGAUGGGUACUUGUACGAUCUUCUGAUGAACCUGCUAGAAGAAAAAGGCAUCAGCAACGAUUUCGUGCAGAAGCUGUCCGACUUCAGCACUGCUUACGAACACACUGCCUACAUCAACCUACUUGAAGGCAUCUCCAAGUUCACCAUCGGAAAGCAGUAACGGGAUCUACACUAGGAAAUGGAUAGUUUUGUAGAAAAAAAUAAAAGGACAGAAUGGAGUACCUUUGCCUUUGGCAAGUUAAUAAUUAACUAAUAUGCGUCAAAGUUUCUUAUAGGAGAGACUGAGGAGUGAAGCCCUUGAAUAUAUUUUCCCCAAAACUAUCCCAUCAUGAAAAUUACAUACUACUAAUGGUAGCCAUUUUAAAAUUAAAAUUCAUUUCAAAAUGGCAGGAAGUGACAGCAUUUAUUUUGCUCUAGGACAGCUUUAAAGGAUGUUAGUUUAGUUAGAGACAGAUAUGUUUGUUUAACAGUUUUAGUGUUAAAAUAUUUUUAGUUACCCAUUUCAAUAAAUUGUUCAAAAAAUUA